AUGGAGGAGCAAGGUGAGAGACAGAUCCAGCUUCAGCUUCUGCUCCUCCCUGCGCCUGCAGCUCAUCAGGUCCUCCGUGACCUGCCGGUGGCGGUGCCAGCCAGCGCCGUCGAGCACCCGCAGCUGGACCUCGAUCUGUCCAUGAGCAUCGGGCCGAGGCAUCCGGCGGCCCCAACACCGGCGCCGCCGCCGCCUCCGUGCGCGCAGCCCCCACCGACGAACGAGAACAGGAGGGCGCCGGGGAUGAUGAUGACCACGGUGUUGGCGCCGUCCAGCGCGAGACUGCAUCAGAAGCACCAGCAGCAGCAUGCGGCCGCCGGCGUGCGCGCCGUGAAGCAGCAGGCUGCGGACCAGGCCCGCAUGGCGUCCGCCGAGCGCGCCUACGCGGAGCGCGUCCGGGAGCUUGCGCGGCGGGAGUUGGAGCUCGCGGAGCGGGAGUUCGCGCGCGCCAGGGCCAUCUGGGAGCGCGCCCGCGAGGAGGUGGAGCGGGUGGAGCGCAUGAAGCAGAUCGCGGCGAGGCGGCUCGUCGGCUCGGCCGCGUCGUCCGCCGCGGCGCUGGAGAUCACUUGCCACGCCUGCAUGCAGCGCUUCCAUCCCUAG